AUGGAGAAGAAGAAGAGAAGCAGAGCAAGGAGCGAAGAUCCUUCUUCGUCUUCCGAGAAUGAAGAGAGAGUUAAGAGGCAUAGAGGAACAGAGAAAGAUGAUGAGAGGAGAAGCAGGAGAAGUGAGAAGAAGAAGAAGGAGAAGAAAUCUCAUAAGCACCACCGAUCAAGUUCAUCAAAGAAGUCGAAGGAUGAUAAGCACAAAAAGAAAGACGCAGAAGGUGACCACAAGCUAAAAGAGGGGAUCGCAGAGCUAACAAGUGAGGACUACUUCUCUAAGAACAACGAGUUUGCCACAUGGCUGAAAGAGAAGAAGCGCACUUACUUCAAUGAUCUCACGACCGAGUCUGCACGGGAGUUGUUUUCUCGCUUUGUCAAGGCAUGGAACAGGGGGAAACUCGAGUCCCGAUACUACGAGGGAAUCUCCACUGCUCCACGAACAGCUCACAACUGGAAGAUCAAGCAGAAGUGA